ACAAAUACAAACCCUAGGUCUUGUGGAUAUGUUUUCCAACCUUCAGUGCUUGAUUCUUCCUGAGCCAUUUCAUACGAUGGAGGAAAGUAAUUGACUAGCACGGGCCUUCAACGCCAUUACCUCCCCAGCUUUCAUGCUAUCAUCCCCCUUCUGCAACCGUGACUUCUGCUGGCAAAUGAUUUUGGAUUCUCCGAAAAACAACCCCAUUCCGAGGGGUGUUCAAGAAUAUGCUCGCUGUCCGAGCGCGCCGCUGCCUGCUCCUGCUCGUGGGAAGCUUGUGCAACAGGAGGGACCCAAAUAUGCUGGCGGUGGUGGCGUGAGCUUCAUACUAGCACGUGAUAUCUUUGGGACUUCUGUAGAAGCUGUUGAGAAAUCGUCCAGUCCUUCUAGUGACGUUAGCGCAGUUGACAUCUCUAGACAGCUCGAAGAUGGGUGGGUUGGAAACCCUUGUGCAUCGAUUAAAGAUGCCGUUGACGAGACAACCCUAACAGCGAACACGGCAUCAAGACAACGGAAUCGCAAAGUUGGGUGGAUAACGUAGAGGCUGAGUGCAGCUUUGCUGUCUCCAUUUCUGACUCGGCGGAGGAUGAUAAUGAUGCAUCGGCUGCCUCUGCUAGCGUCUGCUCACAGAGCACUGUUUGUGAAGAGAAGGUUGCUCGGCUCAAGUCAGCCCUCAAGGGAUCGUCGCCGCGUCCCGCCGGGCUUCGCGUCACCUGGGCUGCUGACGUGUACGACCCGAUUCCGAGCCUCAUCUCCCACACUGUAGGGAGGCGCAACCAACGCAAGAUCUAUUCGCGGAGGCAGCGGAACGAACACGGAGGGAAGGGGAAGCACGGUGGAAAGGGUUCCAAGAGCAGCAAGUCCUCCAAGAAAUCGUCCAAGGAGAACGUGUCGGAGAAGGUGACUGCACGGGAGGCGGAAAAGCUACUUGUUAACUGUCCCGCAGCAAGCAGCCAUGACCAACUGUCUGAGUCAGCGGGAGAACCUGCGAACUUGAAGGUUGAAGACGUCGUCAAGGAGGAUGCAGGGACCGCAGCAGCGGAGCCGCAGGAUGAUAGUCUAGACGAUGGCAGUUGGUCCAUCGUUGUUCCCAAGUGUCAUGGCCGCCGUUCGAGGUCUCUAGCCAAUUCGCCUUCUGCAAGCCCUCCUCUCGCCAACAGUCCACCAAAAUCUUAUCCUCCACCUGCUGAUCUGCGGAGCCCGGAGUCUUCAAGCAUCGUUGUCCUGGAUGGAGAGGAGUGCGGUUCGUUGCCCGUUAAACCCGAUGGUGGUUCGCUUUUCGUUAAGAUUGGCGGUUCAGGUUUGGAGGAGGACAACCAGCUCUUCUCUCCUGAGAGCACUUUGGAGAACCCCGUCUUUAUGUCCAGAGAAGGUUCUCCUGAGCUUUCUUCCAGUCCUCCUGCUUCAAGCAAGCUCCUUGAACUCGCUGGAACCUCAGGCUUUAUUCCAGAGCCCCAGCAGAUGAGCUCUGAAAGCCCAGGGAAGAGAACCGACAGCAAGCAGAGGACAACCACGCACAAGUCAAGUUCGCUCCUUGCCAAAGUCUCUAUGGAGCGGUUAGCUGGUGCAACGGCCCUUGCACAUGGGCACGUGCAGGAGGGGAGGCGGCUGGUAUUCAGUGCGUACAUGUCUGCCCGGAAGCAUGGGCUGAAGGGGGAGGAGGCUCGCUGCCUCAGGCUUAUUGCUGACACCCAAACGGGUCAAGAUCGGCUCAGCAGCUUGAAUGCUGCAGUUGAAGGGCUGGCCCAGGCUGGUGUGCCUUUCGAGCAUGCUGAGGCUCUUCUGUGUCUUGCACAAGCUGAGGUCCAAGAAUCAAUCAGUCUGUCAGGGUUCGCCUACACAAGCAUUGACAUUGUGGCUUCACUUGAGAAGCUGAGCUACAGCCUUGAGGCUCCACAGCACAAUGCACGCCUGGUUAAGGCCAAGUCUCACCUCAGGUCGGCUGCUGGCUUGCUCAUGUCUGAACUUUCGUCCGCCAAGUACCGGUUUUCCACCAAGAACCCGAAGAGCCAGUUUAAUUCCCCCACGGGCAGGAGGAAGAGCAGCAGCAGCAACAAGAAAUCCAAGAAGCCUGAUCUGUUGGAAGAGGAGAGAGCGACCUUGUCGGGUCUGCUUGGGAGUGUCCAUGAGCUGGCAGGGAAGGUGGGGAUUCUGAUGCAGCAGUUUGAUGAUGCAAAGGUUGCCUUGCAUGCUGCCGCCUCGAAUGAGGACUGGCGCAAGGGCAGCCGGGAAGAGGCAGGUCAGGUUGAUGGAUUAUUGAAGCACCUUCUAGCUGGUAGCUUUCCUACCAGGAAUAUUGCAGCGUAAUCCUCGUAAUGUUGCUCUGGCUAGACAGUCUGAUUGAAUCGGCUGCACAUGAUCUAGUGUGACAUUUGAAUAAUUUAGAUGCUCUAUCGUUAGCUUGCCUUCUCGCUGUUCUCCGUAGUACUGAAUGACUAGAUAUAUAUACAUAUGAAAUUUGCUC